AUGCCUUUAGACGGAGUGAAAAAUAUCGUGCUGGUUCUUUCUGGCAAGGGAGGAGUGGGGAAAUCCUCAGUGACCCUUCAGCUUGCGCUCGCGCUAUCGCUCCAGGGCAAAUCAGUCGGCAUUCUCGACAUCGACUUGACCGGCCCCUCCAUUCCCAGACUCGUUGGCUUGGAAGGUGCCAAGAUCACCCAAUCGCCCACUGGAUGGCUCCCUGUACCCGUCCAUGAGGCGGUCGGCACACCGAGUGAUCAUGGGACAUCUUCCGUGGAGACGUCUCCAGCUCGGGGCUCCCUCCGCUGCAUGUCCCUCGGCUUCCUCCUGCGAGACCGUGGCGACGCUGUCAUCUGGCGUGGGCCGAAAAAGACCGCUAUGAUCCGUCAAUUCCUCUCAGACGUCUCCUGGGGCUCGACAGACUAUCUGUUGAUCGACACACCGCCAGGCACAAGUGACGAGCAUAUUGCGCUCGCGGAGCAGCUUCUCACAUUAUCAUCCACAGACGUGGCCGUUGCAACACAGAUGAACUUGCCUCGUCUCCAGGGCGCGGUGCUUGUCACGACGCCACAAGCGGUUGCAACCUCGGAUGUGCGGAAGGAAGCCAACUUUUGCGUCAAGACCAGUAUCCCGAUUCUGGGCGUGAUUGAGAAUAUGUCGGGCUACGCGUGCCCAUGUUGCGGCGAGGUCAGCAACUUGUUCUCUAGCGGUGGGGGAGAGGUCAUGGCUCAGCAAUUGAACAUUCCUUUCUUGGGCCGUGUCCCUGUGGACGUGAAGUUUGGAGAGUUGGUGGAGGGGAAAUUGGAAAUCGACACUGACGACGAGGAUGAGGACGAGGACCAGGACGAGGACGAGGACACGAAGACCGUGCAGUCAAAAACCCCUGGUGAACCUGACCUGCGGCCUCUUGUUGAGAAAUAUCAGGAAGGCUGGUCAUACCCUCGGUUUGAGGAGUUUGCGCGGGCUAUUGUUGGAGGUGCAUAA